AUGGAUGCCUUUUCUGGCUAUCAUCAGAUUUUCAUGGACCCUGCUGAUAAAGAAAAAACAGCAUUUAUAUGCUUAACAGGGGUAUUUAAUUAUAUCAUGAUGCCUUUUGGUUUAAAGAAUGCGAGGGCAACCUAUCAAAGGUUGAUGGAUAAAAUUUUCAAAGAUCAGAGAGGUAGAAAUUUAGAAGUAUAUGUAGAUGAUUCAACUGUAAAAAGUAAAACAGAGGAAGAAAUGAUUGUAGAUUUACAAGAAACAUUUAGCAACAUGAGAGAAUAUACAAUGAAACUUAAUCCCAGAAAAUGUGUUUUCGGGAUUAAAUCUGGCAAAUUUUUGGGAUACUUAGUUAGCCAGAGAGGAAUUGAUGCAAACCCGGAAAAGGUUCAAGAACAAAGUCAGGCCUUUAAAGAAAUGAAAAAACACUUACACAGACUGCCAACAUUGGCAAGACCCAUAACAGGAGAAACAUUAUACUUGUACAUAUCAAUUACACAGCAUACAAUGAAUGCUGAGAACAAAUAUACAGUAAUAGAGAAAGCGACAUAUGCUGUGGUUGUGGCAGCCAGAAAAUUAAGACCUUACUUUGAUGCUCAUCAAGUAAUAGUCUUGACAGACUUACCUCUAGAAAAGAGUCUAGACAAAGUUGAAAGAUCUGGAAGAUUGGCAAAAUGGGCCAUAGAAUUGAAUGGAUUGGGAAUUAAUUACCAACCCAAAAAAGCAAUCAAAGGUCAAGCCCUGACAGAUAUUUUUGCGGAAGGCAUAUCUCGAGAUGAAAGGGCUGGGUUGGCAUUAAUUACACCUGAGGGGAAAAUCAUAGAAUAUGCACUAAAAUUCCAAUUCAAAGCUACCAACAAUGAGAUAGAAUACGAAGCAGUCAUUGCUGGGUUACAAUUAUGCAAAGCUCUGGAAGCAAAAAGAAUUAGUCUGAAAACUGACUCACAGUUAGUUGUAAAUCAGAUUUCAGGAGAGUUUGAAGCCAGAGAAGAAAACAUGCAGAAACAUCUACAGAAAACACAAGAGCUGAUAUCAGAAUUUGAGGAUGUCCAUGUUGAAAGGCUACCCCGAUCCCAGAAUGAGCAAGCUGAUGCACUUUCUAAAUUAGGGAGUUCCAGCAUGCAAAAUUUGAAAAGGUCAGUCCUGGUAGAAGUCAAAUCUCUCAGUUCAAUACAUGAAAAUACAACAUUUGUCUUUUAUACUGGAAGCGGAGAUGUCCUUGACUGGAUGAAAGACAUCAUCCAAUAUAAAGAAAGUGGAGAACUCCCAGCAGACCCAAUUCCUACCAGAAUGGUCAAAUUGAAAUCAACUCAAUUUUGCAUGAUAGAUAGAGAAUUAUACAAGAAGGCCAAGAAUGGACUGUUGCUAAAAUGUGUAACACCAUCUGAGGCUGACUAUAUAUUGAAAGAGGUACAUGAACGCUGCUGUGGUCACCAUCUGGGAGGUAGAGCUGUAGCACACAAAGCAAUCAUAAUUGGUUAUUAUUGUCCCACAACAAUAGAAGAUGCCAAAACGUUAGUUCAGAGAUGUGAAAAAUGCCAAAAGUACGCACCAAAUAGUUCCCAGCCAACAUCAGAAUUGAAAUACAUCCAUAAUCCAAUCCCAUUUGCCCAGUGGGGACUAGACCUUCUAGGACCAUUCAAAUAG